CGCGCUCCGCUCGCCCGACCCGCUCGCUCGCCUCGCCACCACUAUUCAUACGGCCGGCUUCAACAUCAAACUUAAAUAUUAAGCUUUGCAAUAAAUCACUGUGCAGUGUUAAUUGAUUCAUAAAGAAAAUGAUAAUAAAUUGGUGGUUGUGUGUUGAUCAUAUAUAAACAUGCUACGGAACUUUUGCCAGUUUUGAAAAUACUUUGUUACGUGAAACAUUUGUACAGAGAGGUGCUACAGGCGAGUGGUUGUGGAGGGCGCGUCGCGGACCAUGUCGCGGCGAUGACGCGGCGCGCAGCGCGCGGCAUGCCCUGCUGACAUGGCACGCAGCCGCUCCGCCCUCCUUACGCUGGCAGCUAUCGCAGCACUCGCCGGGUGUUGUGUGUGCGCUCCGCAAGGGAGUGUGCAGGGCGGCGUACAAGGAGGCGCGCAAGUGCCGCCCGGGGUGCCGCACUCCACCGCGCCUCCGGCAGGAGUCGGUGGCGUACGAAGGUUCAGUCAAUAUUCCAGAGGCAGAGGGUACCGCGACUGGCGCACACGGGGCGAUCCCACGCUCAUCAACUCACUCUGGCGCAGCCGGCAACCACUAGGAAUACGCAAGCAGCUCGGGAACGCCGAGGUAUACAUAAUACUAGCGCUGCUGAUCGGCUUCGUGACCGUUGUGGUGGGGUGCUGGCUCUCCGACAACUGCUGGUCGCCGGAGCCGGAGGACGUGCUGGCCGGCGGGUGACCCGUGGCGGCGGGCGCGUGCACGCACGUGUAGCGCCCGCCGUCCGCGGCCGCGGACA